GGCUACAGCAGCGGCUCGGACUGAAGGAAGUGCGCGGGUAGAUAGAGCAGUAAACGCACAGACAACAGCAACACUUCCAAGAAAGCAAUUAACUUUGUUUUUGAAAGUUAGGAGUGGUGGGACAAGCUGUAGUAGCAGCGACGCCUCUCAUCUUUGGACCAAACGGGAAGAAGUUAGAUAACAAGGAGGCGAGCAUUCCAGCAUACUACAAUGAACGGCUGAGGACUUUGCUUCCAUCUAUUCCAUUCAACUCUUACGAAACGGAAUACUGUCUCACAGUUAUAAGGCCUGACCCAGAGUCAAGAUGGAGGAGGGAUACGAACUUGACCUGACUUAUAUCACAGAGAGGAUCAUCGCCGUGUCCUUCCCGAGAGGGUGCUCUGAGGAAAUCUACGCCCACAACCUCAAAGAUGUCACCCGGAUGCUCAAGUCCAAACACGCCGAUAAUUACCUGAUUAUCAACCUAUCAGAGAGGAGGAGUGAUCUGUCCAGAAUGAACCCCAAGACACUAGACACUGGUUGGCCAGAUCAACACGCUCCACCUCUGGACAAGAUCUGUACCAUCUGCAAGGCCAUGGAGGGCUGGCUGAAUGCAGACCCUCUCCAUGUGGUGGUUAUACAUUGCAGGGGUGGAAAGGGGCGCAUUGGUGUAGUCAUAUCAUCAUUUGUCCACUUCACGGAUGUGUCAGCCAGUGCUGACCAGGCGUUGGACCGCUUUGCCAUGAGGAAAUACUACGAUGAUAAGGUCUUGGCGCUGAUGACACCCUCGCAAAAACGAUACGUUUGGAUACUCAACAGCCUCUUGAGUGGUUCGAUGAAGAUCAACGCCUCCCCGCUGUUCCUACAUUGCAUUAUCCUUCAUGGAAUACCCAACUUUGACGCAGCCGGAGUGUGUCGACCAUAUAUCAAAGUGUACCAGGGGAUGCAGGCAGUUUAUUCAUCUGCAAUCUAUCAUAUCGGCCCAAGCCACAGGGAUAGAGUUUGUAUUGCCCUAGAACCGGCUCAGCUUCUAAAAGGCGAUAUCAUGAUCAAGUGCUACCACAAAAGUGAAAUUCCCUCUGAACGUGAGGUUAUAUUCCGACUACAGUUCCACACAGGGGCUGUGCAGGGUUAUAAUCUCAUGUUUGAAAAGGAGGAUAUGGAGAACGCUAAUAAAGAUCCAAGAUUUCCGGACUACGGUAAAGUGGAACUAGUUUUCUCCGAGGGACCAGAGAGGAUCCCAGGUGCCGACAGGUGGCAGAAUGGGGCAGAUGUUAUUGUUGACUACAACACCACAGAUCCUCUCACGCGCUGGGACUCCUACCAAAACAUCUGUGACCUGGAAGCCCCUCCUCGCGCUCCGGCUCUAAACCAGGACAAGGGUGCUAACAAGAGGCGAGACCCCAGCGGAGGAGAGCCGUCUCUGGGUCGCGGGGCACGCACCACCUCCGCCACCUCCAGCCCGGACCACAGCGACCACGCCUUGUCCGUCAGCAGCGAUUCAGGCUUGUCCAGUACCUCUCUGUGGGCAGACAAACCUACCACCAUCUCAUCUGGUACCAUCCGACCAAACCAGGGCCCCAGCCAGCAGGAGAAGGUCCAGCUGAAGCGCCUUCUGAGCGGGUUCGGACUAGAGGACCCUUCCCUGGAUGAGAUGGAUGAUCCAGGUAGUGCGGUACAGCAGGUAGUUCCGGCGCAGGUGCAUAUGAAUGGAGACCCGCGUCCUAGAGAGAGGGAGACGGACAUUUUGGACGAUGAGGUGAAUACUGGUCAUGACUUCCAUAGCGUGGACAGCUUGGGGACAUUGUCAUCUUCUUGUCACAAAAGCAGCCAGAACUCUUUAUUAUCUGAUGGCUUUGGAAGUCCUGGCGCGGAGGACCAUGUGAGUCAAACCCCAAAUCACAUCCAUAACCCAACCAUUGAGGAGUUUGACAGGGGGUAUAGUGACAAUCGUAGGGCUUGCAUGACUUCCAGAAGUAACUCUGUAGCAUCUUCUAACCCAAGUACUGCCAUGCCCAAACAGCAUGUCUACAGACAGGGAAGCUACUCCACGCAAUCCUGGGUACGGCAACAGCAAAUGGUCGCCGCGCAGAAAAUCGCGUACAUGCCCGAUGAUACAAAUGAGAGAUUUUCAAGCAACAAGCAGCAAGGAUCUACCAGCGAACCCCCAGCCAGAGACAUAACCGAUCCCAUUAGGAUUACCCAGAAAGAAAACGCAACUGUCAAUAUUAACAACAACAACAAACGUGAUGAGGAGUUCAAAUCAUUAACUAUGGACAUUGAUAACUCCAUCGAUCAGCUAAAUCAACUUAUAAUGGACUUGGACCCAACUUUUGUCCCAGUGAAGAGCCAGAACAGCGUGUUAAAGAGGAGUGAGAGCUCGCAUGUGAACGGAUCCGCUAAAUACACCAAUGGCAACCGCUUUGGUGAUAACAAUGAAGCUUCUCUAAAAAGCACGCAGCAGACAGCUGUCCAGUCCAGUGAGAGCCGUUUGGGAGUGUCACGGAGCCUGAGUCGCCAGGACAACGAUGUCACAGAUCACCAAGAAUUCUGCACCUCGGGGUGGGCCGGGAACGAGGACUAUAGGAGCCAGAGGACAUACUCACCUUGUGUACCACAGUCUCAGAGCAUGUUGUACAGGAGUGACAGUACAGAUUACAGAUCACAGGGUCCAGACAUAGAUAGUGGGGUCGAAGCAGGAAGUGACAUGACUCCCCCCACUCCGGCGUUUCCCAUCUCACCUCCCACUCCUUAUGUGAAAAACAUGUCUGAAUUUAAUCUAAGACAAACUCCAUCUUUCAACAUGCAUUCCUUUGGCUACAAAAGUGAACACGAGCCCCGGGGGUACUCUGAAGUCGACUCUUUGGCGGAGCCCUCCAUCAGCUGUCACAGAGCACUCACACAUUCCACAUCUGUCGUCGGGACACUUCAGCGGACAGACAGCUCCUCUAUAAGUCCACCUUGGCCCGAGCACCCAGCCCUGACCCGCCACGCCUCCCUGAACAGCUACCCCCAUUCCUCCGCCCGAGACCCCCCACUCCCCCACCAUCACGCCGUCGCCCUGGACUACAACCACCACUCACCCCCUCUCCUCCACCACCCCCACAUCCACCCGGCCCCCAAUGGCCACAGCUCCCCGCGCAGCAGCCAGCGCAGUCGCAUGGCCCACUUCGCCCUCAGCCGCUGCCCUGCUCAGAGCUUCGAAGAACAAGAGGAUUCUGGGCUAAGCUACGGUAUGGACUCAACUAUGAUGGCGAACACGGGUAGAGACAGGAACCUGCUGACGAUCAUGGAGGGGCACCACCAGCCUCCGCUCCUGCCCGAAAAGAAGAGGGUGUCGGACGGGGAGCAUUCUCUGGGCACGGCCUCUCCAGCUCUGAGCGGGUUUUCCAGUCCUCACAGCGGGAGUUCACUCAGUAUUCCCUUUCCCAAUGUUCUACCAGAUCUUUCCAUGCAAAUGUCUGGUAAUGCGUCACCACUGCCAGAUGUGUUGGCGAGCAAGCAGGUCACAGUCAAAUUUGUACAGGACACAUCCAAAUUCUGGUACAAACCUGACAUUUCAAGAGAUCAAGCUAUUUCAGUUCUAAAGGAUAAGGAGCCUGGUUCAUUUAUUGUGAGGGACAGUCACUCUUUCAAAGGAGCUUAUGGACUGGCAAUGAAAGUGGCAACACCUCCACCCUCUGUUCUCCAGCAAACCAAAAAAGGAGGUGAUCUGUCAAAUGAGUUGGUGCGCCACUUCCUGAUUGAGUGUACACAGAAGGGAGUCCGAUUAAAGGGUUGUCCCAAUGAGCCCUACUUUGGAAGCUUAACUGCAUUAGUGUGCCAACAUUCAAUCACUCCUCUGGCUCUGCCCUGCAAACUCAUCAUACCAGACAAAGAUCCAUUAGAAGAUGUCGUAGAGAGUACGUCUCCAUCAAUCUCCAAUUCUGCUGCUGAACUGUUAAAACAAGGCGCAGCGUGUAAUGUGUGGUACCUGGGCUCGGUAGAGAUGGAGUCGCUGACUGGCACGCAGGCCGUGCAGAAGGCCACCACCAUGACACUGCACGCCAACCCUCCUGUUAUCUCCACUGUGGUGCACUUCAAAGUGUCCUCCCAGGGCAUCACACUCACGGACAACCAGAGAAAGCUUUUCUUCCGGAGGCACUACAAUGUAAAUACAGUCAUAUUCUGUGCGUUGGAUCCUCAAGACAGGAAGUGGAAAGUAGAUGGCUACCCCUCAGCAAAAAUCUUCGGCUUUGUGGCCAGGAAAACAGGCACUUCUACGGACAAUAUCUGUCAUCUGUUUGCGGAGCAUGACCCAGAGCAGCCCGCCAGCGCUAUUGUUAACUUCGUUUCCAAGGUGAUGAUUGGGUCACAUAAGAGUAAGUAGAGCGGACGACUAAGCAAAAAAGACUUGUGGGCCAAAAUCCAGGGCUGAAGAUAGAAAUACUUCAUUUUUAUAUUGUUCAAAAUAUUCAAGAUUUAAAGUUGUUAUUUUCUGUAAUGUUGUGUUGCCAUGAAACUAACUGGUUUGUACAUAUUGUUGCCUAUAUAUUCUAAUGGUAGCUACUAGAACCAUUUAUUGUUGCAUGUUUAUUUUUUCAUUUUAUUAUUUAAUCUAAAAUGUUUUAACUAUAACUGUUCCGGUGAUACUGUUAGUAGGUUGUAAUCCUCACCGAUGACCAUUUUAAUCCACAGAAAUGUUAAUGCCAUACUGUGGAACGUUCCAGGCAAUAAAACCAGGAUUAUACUAUGCAAUGUAAAGGUUUAUUUCUGAAUCAUUUGAACCAUCAUGUCGUGUAGAUUUUUUUAAAAGAAAUCUUGUCAUCUCAGUCAUUGUUAUGGUAUGUGAAUAUGACCACUUUUAUAGCGGCCAGUAAUGUGUUUGAAUGAAUGUGCAUCAUAUAAAAAUAUUUAAAGUUAAACCCUAAUAUAUUGACUUACACAUAAGAACAAAUGAGUACUUUUUGAUAAGAACACAUAAGACAACUUUUUUCAUAUAUUUUUUACAGUGUAUUAGUAUUGCCCAUAGGCUCGUGAUGGGGGGGGGGUGUUCUGCAUAUAUGUCUAUGGCAGAAUGCCCAACAGUUACUAUGGUGAACACAUUAGCCAACACUGUCAAAUAAGUUUAAAGAAGCUUGUGACUGUCUGUUUGAGAGACUUGUUUAAUAGCACAAAUUAUCGCACGUGUUGUAGUUCUAACUAAGCUCUUUCUGAUCAAUUGUGUUAAAAUAAAGCUCAGAUUUAAGCCUAACAAAGCCUCAGACAGAGCAGUGCCUACAGUUAACAUCACAUCCCCAGGGAACGUUGAUGACAUCAGCUGCAAAAUAUAAAUAUACACUGUUGCAAUGCAUUUUAGUUUUUAAUAUGCUUUUAAGUGAGGUCGGUUGACUCAUACAAUACAAUAGUGCAGGGACAGGACUACAUUUCCCAUCAUUCCCUCUGAUCUUUGCUCACUGAAUUGUAUGUGAUAAUGGCCAUAUGUAUUCUUUUGUACUGGGCACCGUCAUAAAAUUCAAUUGUUAUUUUAAUUCUUUGUACCUCACAGUUACCGUCUUCAACAAUAUUGUGCCUCUGUUAAUAACUUGUGAUAACAUUUGUAUAUUGACCAAGAGUUGUUUGAUCUUAUAUAAUGUAAAUAAACUGGAAACAAGA